UGACAGAAGGCGUGCUCAAAGCUCAAACCAUGACCGGCGAAAACACUUUUUCUCCGAGCGACCAGGCCUUCUCAGCAAACUCUAACCUCCAUAUCACUAUACAAGAAGGUUCUCAAAACAGCGAGCAACUGCUGGAGAAUGAAAACAAUGACCUUGAAAAUGACUGCGAGCAAUUGUUUGAGAUUGAAGGCAAUGAGCCUGAAAGUGAAAGAGAUGAUACAAGUGAUCAAUUAUUUGACAUUCAAAGUAAUGACCAUGAAAAUGACGGAGGUGAUAUAAAUGAGCAUCUGUUUGAAAUUGAAGGCAAUGACCAUGAAAGUAGCAGGGAUGAUAGAACAAUAAUUGAUUAUCAAAAUGGUGGAUCUCAAGAAAAGGCCUAUCCCCCACCAGUUGUGGGUUUAGAGUUUGAUUCAUAUGAUGAUGCUUACAAUUAUUAUAAUUGCUAUGCUAAGGAACUUGGAUUUGCUAUCAGGGUGAAAUCCUCGUGGACAAAGCGUAACAGCAAGGAGAAGCGUGGUGCAGUGCUCUGUUGCAAUUGUGAGGGUUUUAAAACAAUUAAAGAAGCAAACAGCCGCAAGAAAGAAACAAGAACAGGCUGUCUAGCAAUGAUAAGGUUGAGAUUAGUAGAAUCAAACAGAUGGAGAGUGGAUGAAGUCAAGCUUGAACACAACCAUUUAUUCGAUCCUGAAAGAGCUCAGAACUCCAAGUCGCACAAGAGGAUGGACUCAGGAGCUAAAAGAAAGAUGGAGCCAACUGUUGAUGUUGAAGUACGCACAAUCAAGUUAUAUCGGACGCCUGUCGUAGAUGCAGUUGGUUAUGGAAGCUCAAACUCAAACGAGGGAGAAACUAACAACCAUGUUGAUCGGUCCAAGCGAUUGAAACUCAAAAAUGGAGAUGCAAGAGCAAUUUAUAAGUAUUUUUGCCGGGUUCAGCUAACCGAUCCUAAUUUUUUCUAUGUGAUCGAUCUCAAUGAUGAAGGGUAUUUGAGGAAUGUGUUUUGGAUUGAUUCCAGGUCUAGGGCAGCGUACAAUUACUUUGGUGACGUGGUUUCAUUUGAGACUACAUGCUUGUCAAACAAUUAUGAGAUUCCACUUGUUGCAUUUGUUGGAGUAAAUCACCAUGGACAAACUAUCUUGCUUGGUUGUGGUUUGCUAGGCGAUGAGACACUAGAAACUUAUAUAUGGUUAUUUAGGGCGUGGCUUACAUGUAUGUCUGGUCGUCCUCCACAAACUAUCAUCACAAACCAGUGCAAGGCCAUGCAAAGUGCUCUAGCAGAGGUAUUUCCCAGGGCUCAUCAUCGUCUUUCUUCUUCACAUGUCAUGCAAAGUAUUCUUGAGAAUAUGGGAGCAAUACAAGAAUAUGAGGCAUUUCAAAUGAUUUUGAGUAGGACUGUAUGUGACUCAAUAAAAGUAGAUGAGUUUGAAUUGGCUUGGGAGCAUAUGAUUCAGAGAUUUGGAAUAAGGGAUCAUGAGUUUAUUCAAACUUUGUAUGAUGAUCGAGAGCGAUGGGUUCCAGUUUACUCAAAAGACACAGUUUUUGCUGUAAUGCCCAAUUUUCAGAAAGCUGAGUCCACAAACCCAUUUUUCGAUGGUUAUGUGCAUCAACAAACUUCGUUGGAAGAGUUUCUUGAUGUUUAUGAUGUAGUUUUAGAAAAGAAGCGUCAGGAAGAAGCUCAUAAUGAUUUUGAGUCGAGAGAAUUGACUCCAAUGUUAAGAACAAGAUGCUAUUACGAGUUGCAACUCUCUAAGUUUUACACAAAAGAUGUAUUCCUAAAGUUUCAACAUGAGGUUGUGAUGAUGACUUCUUGCUUUAGCAUAACUCAAGUUCACACAAAUGGACCACUUGUGACAUACAUGAUCAAAGAACGUGAAGGGGAGGAAAUUAUGAGGGAUAAUAAUAGGAACUUUGAAGUUAUGUAUGACAAAGCAGGAGCAGAAGUUCGUUGUAUGUGCAGUUGCUUUAAUUUAAAUGGCUACCUAUGCCGACACGCCUUAUGCAUCCUGAACUAUAAUGGUGUGGAAGAAAUACCGUUUCAGUAUAUCUUGUCGAGAUGGAGAAAAGACUUUAAGCGGUUGUAUGUACCAGAUCUUGGGAGCAAUAAUGUUGAUAUCACAAACCCAGUUCAGUGGUUUGAUCAUUUGUAUAGAAGAGCGAUGCAAGUUGUUCAGGAAGGGAUGAUUUCUCAGGAUCACUAUAUGGUAACUUGGCAGGCGUUUAAAGAGUCUUUGAAUAAGGUCCGUCUAGUAGCAGAUAAGCAUGUAUAGUUUAUAACAAUGUGUAUCUGAAGCCUUCCAUCGUUCUUGCUGGAGAGAUGAUGUGCUGGUAUUAAUCAAUACCCAGAAAAAACAAGAGAGAAAAAGACCGGCGAUCUACUAUAUGAAUAGAAGGGUAGAACCAAGGAAGACAGCUGAAUACCGGGAAUUCAGAGAGAAGGAUCUGCAGAGGUGUUUCUGGCACGUGCAAGAAGAUGAAAGUUGUCGUUGAACAGUAUAGAAGGUUAAGAUCUACCACCAGGUGCAGAAUGUUUGUAGGUUAGACACAUUUGUUUCUUUCUUUGUAGUUUACAUUGGAAGGGAUCAAACCCUUGCCUACCAUAUCGGGCUUGACAGAAUCAGUGGGGAAAGAAGACCCUGUUGAGCUCGACUCUAGUCCAGCUUUAUGAAAUGACUUAAGAGAUGUAGUAUAAGUAGGACCUUUGGAAUCCUAACCCAUUUCCAUACCCUCCCUCUCCACUUGGGCUAACCCCAAGGGGUUCUAGACAUUUGUUUCUUCAAGCUAGUUGAGCUGAUAUUGUACUCUCUUAGCUUCUUCCAUUGUAAUGUAAAAGAUUGUAUAGUCAUUUAGUGAUUUAGCAUCCUUGGCUCUUGGACUUGCAUGGUAUUGUUCCCUUGAAGAUAGCUUUACUCCUUUAACUUAGUAGUUUGAGUGUCAUUGUUAACUUUGAAGGCUGUUUAACUCCA